AUGCAUCAAGAAAGUAAUCGGCAGGCUUUAUAUCGGAUCAUUGAUAUUGUGAAGCUACUUGCUGAAACAGGUCAUCCAUUCCGUGGACAUCGCAAGGGAAGUGAGUCGUUAAAUAAGGGUUUAUUUCUUGAAAUUGCUGGUCUUCUGACAAAGUAUGAUCCAAUUUUGAAUAGUCAUUUUGAAAAGGGCCCAAAAAAUGCCCUUUAUACUUCUAAUACUAUUCAAAAUGAGCUUCUUGCAUCUUUGUAUAAUACUAUGAAAAGUGCAAUCAAGCAAGAAUUGGAGACAGCAUCUUGUUUUAGUGUAAUGAUUGAUGAAGCUUUCGAUUAUGGUCACAUAGAGCAAGUGUCAAUUGUUUUGCGUUAUGUUGAUUCUGCUUAUGUGAUCCAAAAAAGAAUGCUUCAUAUCGAAUCUACUGAUAGUACUGAUGCUGAAGCUCUUUUUCAAAUUCUUUUGUCUAGUUUGUCUAUUAUAUCACUCUCUGCUGAUAAGCUAAUAGUAGAAGCAACAUCCAGCAAUCAGUAUGCAAGGAAGUUUUUUGGAAUUUUACAAAAUCUGUAUUGCUUUCUUGAAGCAAGUCCUCACAGACAUGCUAAGCUACAAUCCAUUAUUUUACAAGUGAUUUCUAAACCUCGUAUAAAAUCUAUAAAGAAACUAUCAGAUACAAGAUGGUCGUGUAGAAGUGAUGCUAUUUUGGCUGUUUUUGAGAACUAUAUAGCUAUAGUUAAAGCAUUAGAGGAGAUAGAAGAAAGUAGUCAUAUUGGUCGUAUUGCUUCUGAAGCUAAUGGACUAAUAAAUCAGUUGACAACAUUUGAAUUCAUUCUCUGCCUUAUUGUUAUGAAGAAUCUGCUUGUCAAAAGUCGUACUGUUAGUGAUUACCUUCAAAAUGAAGAUGUAGAUAUUGUUUCUGCUAUGCAGGUUGUUGAUACAACAGUGAAGACAUUAAGGGAAAUGAGGACUGAAGCACAAUUUAACAAGAUUUUUGAUGAAGCUAAGAAGCUAGCACAUGAUAUGCCUAUAGAUAUUCAGGAAAUGCAACCAAGAGUAAGAAAGAUCAGCAGACAUUAUGAUGAUAAUCCUGAAACACAACACUUUAUCAUUAAUACAGAGGAGAAAUAUCGUGUUAACUUUUUUUAUGAUGUUUUGGAUGUGAUGUUGUCAGAAUUUGAAAGACGGUUUAAUCAAGAAUCUCGGGAAUUGUUGUUACCUCUAGGAGCCCUUCAGAAACGACAACUUAUGAAAGACUGUGAAUAUCAGAAGAUAGCAGUACACUUUGACCUUGAUCCAGUUGCCUUGCAAAAUGAAUGGAGUUUGAUGGUGAAUGACAGUGUAAUUGAUGCUACUAAGCCUUCAAUGAUUUUGAAACAAUUAGCUGAUACUAAAAGAACAGAUGUUUACACUGAAUUAACUGCUUUAUUAAGUAAGUUAUGCACUAUUCCAUUUACAAGUGCAUCUUGUGAAAGAUCGUUUUCUAAGCUAUCGUUAUUGAAGUCAAAGCUACGAACUACUAUGAGUCAGGAAAGAUUAGUACAUCUAAUGAUACCAUUUAUUGAGCAAGAUUUACUCAGCAGAGUUUCAAAUGAAGAUGUAUUAAAGGAUUUUGCAACUGUUGCAAAUAGAAGGCUGGACUUUGGAUUAUGA